AGUAUACGCUCCAAAAUGGCAAUAGAUUGUCUCGUUAUGUUACGUUCUACUUAAAAUUGCAAGACAUUUAAAUAUAAAAUAAUUGCUUUUUAGAAAGAUUUUGCAGAAUAAUUAUAUGCAAUCAUGGCUGACAAGAGGCAGCAAAAUUUAUCAAAAGAAGAAAUAGCAAAACAGUUUAUGCUACCAGAGAGAAAGAGUAAGAUUGCAACUUUACUAAAACAGGAUGGACAAGCGUAUUGCAUUUGUAGAAGCUCUGACAGUUCACGUUUUAUGAUAGGAUGCGAUGCUUGCGAAGAAUGGUAUCAUGGUGACUGUAUAAAUAUAACAGAAAAGGAUGCCAAACACAUAAAACAGUUUUUUUGUAUUCGCUGCAGAGAAGAAGAUCCAACAUUGAUAACGCGUUACAAGCCAAGGAAAACUGAUCAGGAAGAUCGUAAAUAUAAGAAACAUAAAGAAAAGGAACGAGCUCAUCGAUACGAGUACGAUGCACCUUGGGAUCCUACGGUGAUAAAAAAAUCGUCUAAACGUUGCGGAGAAUGCACAGGUUGUUUGAGAACUGAGAAUUGUGGAAAAUGUGAUGCAUGCAGACAUCUAAAAAAAUUUGGACCCUCGGUACGACUGAAGCUCAGAUGUAUACAACGAACUUGUCGAGUAUUAGGCGAUCCGUUAAAACCCUCAAAGAGUUUCAACAAAAGUUCGAAAUUCAUCAAAAAACGAAAAAGAGAUUCAAGCAAUGAAAGAAACGAUUAUCUCGAUGUACCGAGACAUUGUUAUGGACCUGCUUGUACAAAAUGCUCAAGGCCUGGUAGUAAAUAUUGCUCUGACGAAUGUGGAUUAAAGUUAGCAACAAACAGAAUUUACCAAGUACUACCUCAGCGACUACAAGAGUGGUCAUUGACACCGUGUAUCGCUGAACAAAAUAAUAGAAGACAGUUAGAGGCAAUUAGAAAACAGCAACAGGAUGUUAGAAGAAUACUCCAGGAAUUGGAUAAAAGACACGCGGAGUUAGAUAGGAUUAUAGAACGCGCAAAGCAUGCGACGAUUGAUCCACAAGCGGAAGUGGACGAUAACGAUGACACAGAAAUGAGCAUGUACUGUAUUACCUGUGGCCAUGAGAUUCAUUCCCGAACGUCUAUUAAACAUAUGGAAAAAUGCUUCAACAAGUACGAGUCCCAAGCUUCCUUUGGUUCAAUUUUCAAAACCCGAAUAGAAGGGCAAGUGAUGUUCUGUGAUUUUUAUAAUCCUGCAAACAGGACUUAUUGUAAAAGAUUGAGGGUCCUUUGUCCUGAGCACUGUAAGGAUCCUAAGAUAAGUGAAACCGAGGUGUGCGGUUGUCCCUUAGUUACAAAUGUAUUUGAUACAACUGGAGAAUUUUGUCGUGCUCCAAAGAAGAGCUGUGUGAAGCAUUACGUGUGGGAAAAACUGCGACGGGCAGAGAUUGAUAUGGAAAGAGUAAGACAAUGGUUGAAAAUAGAUGAACUGGUUGAACAGGAAAGACAAAUUAGAGCGAACAUGGCUACUCGCGCUGGUGUAUUAGCUUUGAUGUUACAUUCUACUUAUAAUCAUGAAUUAAUGGAACAAAUGACACAGGAACAGAAUAGGGAACAAUUAGAAGCCAUGGAAGAAGAGUUCCAACGUAGGUACGGUUUACUACAGAAAGAGCAAACCGCAGAACAGUGAUUUUUAUAUUUAAAAAUCUUUCGUGUUAAUUGUAUGACGAAUCUUUUUUAACAUAUCUCCGUGAAGUGUUCAAUUCUAUAUUUGUGUGUAUAUUAUAUAUGCAAUGUAAAUGAAAUGCGCCUGUGAAUGCAUUGAGGAAUCGCUAUCAAGCAAAUCGAGAUCUAUACUGUAAAAUACAAUUGUAUAUUGCGACGAAAUUGUAUACAUACUUUAUAUUUUCCAUUCGACAUAUAAUUUUAGCCUGUACUUAUUAGUGUAUAUAGAAUUAACGAGUGGUUAAAAUUGAAAUAGACUAACACAAGUUAAAUUAUUAGAUGUACAAAAAAAAAAAAAAAGAAAGGAAAAUAAAUACUUGCAAAAGGACAUUUAAGUACUACUUAUCUAAUAACGACAGAGUUGAUCUCUGUAUUACCUACUUUGCCUAUGAUGGCGCCAAACGCAAAUGUCAAAGUUCUUAUAAAGAUAUGAUUCAACUACCCCCGCACAGAUGAUGCCGUCGUACAAUUCUUAUAAGAAAGUAUCAUCCUCUCAUUUAUAUGUAUACCGUUUACCUAUUAAUUUUAAUUUAAUUCUAGAGAAAUGAUGCAUGCCAAGAAUGGUAAUACGAUAACUGGAUAAACAUAAUAGAAUUGGAUGCUAAAUGAGAAAUACAAGGAAUUAACAUAUGAGUGGAAAAUCUAUUGUAAUUUGUUGUAUUGAAAUUGCAAUUUAUAAGUUUGAAAUUAUUGGACAUCUAUUAUGAAAGCCAACAAUAGCAAAAACUGUUCUACCUUAAUGUUUUUGUAUAAUUGUGUAUUUCUCUUUAUUUAUAACGUUCAAUUAAACUUUUGUAAAUUUCAAAUUCAUAAUAUAAUUUUCCAUUAUCUAUUUUAGUGUUCACAAUAUAUCAUUUCACAUUAUAUGAUUGCACAUGUGAAACAAAUCAAUAACUCGUUAUAUGAAACAUAAUUCCAACUUUUCUAAAAUUUACCACACUUUAACUUCAAUAAAUAUAUUACUUGCUUAAUUAUAACCAGUUAAGUUCCGACUCAUCGCUAGAAAGGAUACUCUCUCAAAAUACUUCUGAAUUACAACAAGUUCCAAUCAUAACACAGGAUAUUACAUAUUCUGGCACAGUACAACUCUCCUGUUUUAUUACUGCUGAAUAUACAUAUAAAUAUACAUGUAUACAUAUUCAGAAUAUAUAUACGUAUAUACACAUACAAGAUACAUAUAUUCUGAACAUAUAUAAAUAUAUAUGUAUAAUUUUAUGUAUAUAUAUAUAUAUAUUUAUCUUAUAUGGUCAUACCUUUCCAAUUGUUGCUCGGUAUGUCUUUGAUGCAAACUGUGAGAAUUAAAACGCACGCUCUCACUUCCUCUCAGCAUCGGUACUGGCAUAACCCAUUGACAAUGGAAUAAACUCGAAUACCCCCAAAACAUUUGGGUGAAACUCGCUAUAAAUAACUAGCUUAAUAUAUUUAAUAUUUGCCAAAUGUUGCGCUCGAUACAUUUGCAAAAACAAUCUGUGUUAAUUCUAAAAUUUCUUACUUGGAAACAAAGGCUUAUACCAAGAUUCAGUUCUUCAAUUUCCUUCAUCGUUUAGCUCCUUUCCUUUAUCUUCCGUAUCAUUAAAUCCUUAUUAUUCACAAUGUCAAUAUUAUGACACUGUUGUCGUAUUCCUUUUUCACUAUCAACUUGUUUGUUCUUUCAAUGGUUUUUAACCUUCCUUCUUAUUAUAUUCACACGUAAAAAUAUACACAUUCCAAGCAAUUACUCGCAGGCUUAAUGUGCAUUCCUGACACGCUGUCAUUAUCUGUCACCGGCUUCCGCAAUUGGCAAAGCGUCGAUCGAUAGCCCGGAAAUCCAGUCGUCGAGAAAACGACGGAGUAAUAACAAGUAUUUUAUUUUAUAUCUCGAUUCUGAGCGCGUGCACGACAUAGCUAGAAUUUACGUAUUAUUAAGUCGCGUCUACGCUUGCAAUAAACUCGAGUAACGCAACGUAAAUAAUGUUACGCGUAACACAUAGAAAGCCGAAUCUUGUCGCGUUACAAACAUUUAUACAUUUCGUACAGAAAUCUUUCUUUUUAUUUUCAAGCUUAAUUAACCAACUCGUGUUUAUAAUGUGCGUUACGUUCACACUGACGCAUGAUAACAUUGAAACCGAGCCGAUUGCGUUACGCGGAUUUAUUACAAAUAAAGACGCGACUUUAGAAACGACGAGACACAACUAAGCUGUUAAAAGAAAUUGUCUCUUUCGCUAGCUCUAGUUUUUUUUUUUUCUUUCUAAUUACUCUUGACGAUCGUCGAGACUUGGUCCCAACCGCAAUGGUGAGUUUUCUCAUGUCACUCUGGAUCCACUAAUAACGAUCGAUCAUCGACUCGAAAUUCCGGCCGUUUAUCAGUCUCGCGACACAGGCUAUGUUAUUUUUCAAAAUUUCGUUAACAAAUAAAACGGAAAUUUGACUUAAUUUUCAAAUUUCCGGUUAGCUCGAAAAUCAAAUUUGAAAUAGCCAAUCACGUUUCGAGCCAGUCGAUUAUCGAUAAGAUCGAUCUAAAAAGAAUAUUCGCGGAAAAUAAGAGCGAUUUCAAAUAUCAAUAUUGAGAACAAGAAAGUAAGAAACAAAAAGUUGUAUUACUUUAGAGUUUUAAUAGUUACAAAGCUGAGCUCCUUCCGAUAGUGAUGUUCUUUUUAUCGAUAAUCGAUAAUCGCGGACGUAAAAACGGCGGGAAGGAUGCACAGAACAAUGAUUUGCCUAAUGGCCGCAAGGAUAAUGACGAAGGCGCGACAGUGUCGGCGAGAUUGAAUGUUUACAGAAAAUUAUAUCUUAUAUCUCAUAAGUAACAUUGUACUUUAAUUACUCAAAUAAACGACAAGAUUCUAACAACGAGGCGAAUAAAGUCGCUAGAUGUGUAAAAUAUAAUUAUCUUGAUAGAUCCGCAUAGUUUAAAUACAAGUAUCGACGCGUCUAAAGUAGCCUUUGUCCAAGAAAGUUCGUCACGGCCCUGCGAAAUCUUCCCUACCCCCUGUCUAAAAGAAAUUCGUCGCUGCUUCGAGCGAUGACGAUCGAUCUAGCAGUAAGAUAUUGCAGCGUAUCAAUCGCUAGUAUCGGUUUUCGAAUCGUCUUGCAUCUCUCUCUCUCUUUUUUUUUUUUUUAUUGCUUAUGUUAUAAGGACGCGAUUAACGCUGUUCAACUUUUCGUUAUUAAACGUAAAGUUGUUUUCUCUGACAACGUGAGCCGAAUUUUUCCUAAUUUUCCAGACGAUUUCAGUGAUCGAUUAAAGGUAACCUCUUUUAAGUCAAUGUACAAUACUUUUAGGAUUAAGAAAAAUGUCGACGCACGAUGUUCAAGAUGCAACGCGAUUAUCGAACAAUGGCGGGGCGCGAAACCAAGAGAAAUUGCAGCGUACGUUUAAAUGCCAGCACGAAAGGUGUCAAUAUCCGGCUCCUCGAUAUUGCGGGCAGUGGCACGUUUCGGUCUUAUGGUACAUCGGCAAGGCCAGAUUGAAAAUGAAACGUUUGUGGAUAUGCGGUGUCAGCGAUGACAGAACGAAGAACAAAGGUAUUUAUUUCGUUAUAGACGAAAAGUAUUACUGCAAUUAUUCUGACAAUGAGAAUUAUUUAUAAUGUAAAAUUUCUGUCUGCGCAUGCUCCACAAAUCUCACGCGCGCACGCACUCACCACACACGCUGCUCGCACGCAUACAAGAUUAAUUCCUUCGCCGCCAUUUUAAAUAAUCUAUAAACUGAAUAAUAAAUUACAUGGGACACAAAAUAUGAGGUAAGAAUAAAUCGCAUAAAUAUACAAGCGAAGUAAAUGUACCAGAAAAUUAUUUAUACGCAGCAAAAGAAUUAAUCCUACAAUCUGGAAAUACCGAUUAUACUUCGAUUAGCGACGAGGGCGUUUUCAAUGCGAGAAAGUCUGCGAUCAGGGGACCUAAGAUCGCUCUCCCUUUCGCCGCCUAUUUUAAACUCAUUGGACAGCGACGAGGUUACUUUACAAGGAUAUACAAGUGUGUUAAUUCACCUUCGGAGAGAAACGGUAAAAAGAAAGAACAAUUUCUUUGGCUUCUACACUCGCAUACAAUCAAACACACAGUAACAUGUCUCGGUUUAACAAUUGCAGAAAAAAUAUAAUGAUCUUGUUGCAGGGGAACGAGUGAAGUCACUGUGCUUUAUUCAACACCUUACCUACCGGGACAGGAAUGAAUAAUCUCUUGAUUAUUACAGAUUCACCUAUAACUCAAUUGAAAUAAUAAAAUUCUGGUGUACUACUUCAGUGAAGAGGAACUCUAAGUAAGGGUUACACACCUUUCAAUAUACGGUUACAAGCUGGUGGUGAUUAUCUAUUUGAUUUGUAGGCAGUAGGUAUGGUGUUAAAGUUUCCACUUGAAAGAAAAGUCACGUUGAAAAAUACCAGCACAAAAAAAGCCCCAAUGAUCGCUAAUCGAUAAAAAGGCUCAAAGCUUAGAUGUAUAUGUGUAUGUGUGUAUAUAUAUAUAUAUAUAUAUAUAUAAUAUAUUUACAUUAUGUGAAGACAGGUCGACCUCGAGUCGAAAUCGAUAAUCGGUUCGAAGCAUGAGACGUUAAACGAUACUACGAAUCGGUGCAAUAUCAUACCGCUGCACGAACGGUUUUCACUUUCACGGUAAAUGUAUUUUCUUUGAACACCAUUAGUCCUCUUCUUUUUUUCAUCCAUGUUCGUUCUUGUUUUAGGUUCUUGCUCGUAGCAUUGUCGAGAGAAAGCGAAGAAUCUAUAGAUACAGAUGUCCCGGCAGAGCAGCUGAUAGGAUUCACAUCGGUGAGAGUAGUCGUCGCGAGGUAUGUACAAGGACAGCUUCUUUCUCUGCUUCGUAUCGAUGCUACGAGAACUCUUUUGUUUAAUUGCUGUAAUCUGACACAAGCGUUCGUAGUCUUCCAGUGGAAUCAAAUUACCGUGGGGAGACAUUUUUCCCUUCUCACCCAUUCUUCUCGCAACACGUGACUCACCUAAUAACCCGAUCGAAGGAGAACACGACUCCCCUGUUUUUUAUUAUUAUUAAUUUUUUUUUUUGUUACUGUCCACUCAGACUAUCGAAACUAUUCAUUUUUUUUUUUUUGUUUUCCGCAUAUUAUUAAUCUACACAAUCUUAAAUAUUCGCGAAAUGCGUUAAAUAUAAUAGAGUACAGAGUAAGAACAACCGGAGCGUAAAAACAUACUUAAUGCAGUUUUUUCUUUUUAAGGGACGGGACGUGUGACGAGUCGAUUUUUUAUAGAGUUCACUCGGAUGAUCGGUGCGAUCUUGACGGCGGGCAAAAAAUCAACGUAAAAAGGUACAACGAGGAUGAUGAUGGGGUGAGAUAACGGCAAUAACGAUAACAGUGUGGUACCGAGCAUGCAGAUAUCAUAACAGCAAGAUAUCGUUAAUUGUGUGUUCUUGUGUUUAUGUAUUUUUUUUUUAACUUGCUUAUCCUCUUUUUAAAACAUUUCUUUUUUUUGUUCUCACUUGUAAAAGUUACUUAUAUACUGUAUAUACCUAUUAAAUGAAUGAGCGUACGCGAUGUACGAUCAUAACUUUUAUUUUAGCCGCAACACUAAUUAUUUUCUCCCGAUACUUCAAUUUUUUUUUCUUUUUAAACGUUUAUCAUCUACUUUCCUCCUCGUUUUUUUUUUUGCCUCUGACAUUUUCCUUGUUAAUAUAUCGUAGAUGCAUCAAUUGGAACCGUCGUUUGCGACAAUUCGCACCUUCGCGGGACGCGACCGUGUCUAUCAAAGCCUACGUGAAAUUAGUAGCGGUCUUUUUUUUUUUUUUUUUUUUUUAAUUAAAUUCUCAUGAGACUAAGCUUUAACAGAAUAGAGAGAUCACCGCUCGGAUUACAAGAAAAAUGAAGAUGGAUGAAAGAGAGAUAGAGAAGUGCAUGGGAUCUUUUUGAAAAGAAAAAUCUAAGUAAAUAAAAUGACAGUGAGAUCAACGGAGAAAGGGUAAGAAGAACGAUGAUAAACGAAUAAUAAAAAUGAAGUAAUAAUUUCUUUGAAACAGGAAAUAGAGAAGAAAGGAAAAUUCAAAAGGAUGAUAUCUAGAGAGGAGGAACGAUGAUUUAAAACGACCAAUGAAGACGAUAGUAUAUAUCACGAUGACUGCGAGGACGACGACGACGUCGACGACGAUGGCAUCGUUGUAUGUGUACCGUACAGGUAUCCGUAAGAACAGCGCGUCUUUAUAAUUGGCAGUGUAAGGCAUAUAGAGUGCUUAAGACUAGAAUACGGUGCAGUAAAUAGGCCUCUUAAAAGCCUGUUCAAACUAAGUCCUAUAUGUUUAAACGGACCCUACGAAAAAAUCUGUGUCCGCGUAACGCAACGACGAAUUACGAAUUUCCGUGACACCAAAGGCGCGCGCGUACAAAGGAAAUCAUUUAUCUUUCGAAUCGAUCGAUUUCCUUUGUCGCGACACGUACAAACGAAUCAUAAUGCUACUUCUGUCGAAUAAAAAACUGGCUACUGACUUCAUGGAGACGUUGGUAAACACGCGUCACGUUGUCUUUUUUGGAUUUUAUUUGGCAGCGGUUCUUAAAAACGUACAACUUAUUUAUACCGGCAUUUGCAAUGCGAUUCGGGGUCCGUAGACGUAACUGCCCUUUAAAGGCCCGUUCUCGAACGACAUAUACUAUACAUAUCUCUUAACACGUUGCGACCGAAGGUGGUAGAUCUACGGUUCUGUAAAACAAACUGCAACUGCCGACAGCGUAGAUCUACAACUUUUUAGACAUGCGAAUUUUCAAGAUCUCAAGGUAGACUUGAAAAUAUCAUCCCGGGCUCAACGUGUCAAGACCGCGAACGCGUCACCGCAAUCGAACAGCAUUGGAUAACAGAGAAAAUCGUUCAAACAGGCGCGCUUCGUUCUCGAUUGAAAUCGACAGGUCCUGAGAAUAAUUACAGUAUAGCCACACGAAUAAUGGAAGAAAAUAAUGAAAGAUUAGUAUGGCCAGACACGUUUUCUCAUUCCUUUGCACAGUGUGUACGGAUAACUGAAUUUAAAAAAAAAAAAAAAAAAAAAAAAAAAUACACAAUAGGUGACUCGUCGAAAAAAUUGUUCCUUUUUUGUUGGUAGAUCGUAGCUAUAUAUUUAUUACUAAAAGUACAUGCGGGUUUUCGUACCGUGGCGUGAUUACGUCUUUACUAUCAGGAUCUUUGUAUCGAUUUAAGCGUAAUAAUGGCAAUGUCGUGGCAACCAUUUUCCCUUCUAUAUGCUUCGCUUCUUAUUUUUCAUUUUUCUUUUUUACUUUCGUUGAAUUACUCUUUCCCCUUAAUUACGCGACAUAGUAAAGAAGAAUCGGUGCGAAUAUUCUGUCGUUUGUUUUUCAUUUUAACACGCGAAGUAAGGCUAAAAAACAAUGCGCAUUCUUUUCAACUUUGUUUUCGGUAAGGCACCCCCAAUGAUGAGUAUAUUCACGGAAGUAUUUAGCGAUACAAACUAGUGACUAGAUCAUUUUUAAGUCACGCGAGAAAGAGCGAGGAAGAGAGAGAGAGAGAGAGAGAGAGAGAGAGA